AUGUCAGAGUCACCGCCUAUAAUUCCACUAGAAGGAUUAUCACUUUCAAAUCAUCCUGAAACAGCACAGGAUAACGAUUUUGUCGAUUAUGAAAACUAUCAAGAAGAUUUAAAUAAUAUAGAAUUUGAACAUUUUGAGCAAUUACAAGAAGAUCAGUUACAGGAUCAUGAAAUUCAAGUAACUAAAUCACAAUUGGAUGUGAUUACUAGUCCCAUUGACCCAGGUACAACUUUACAAGUCAUUGCUGGUCCUGGUUCUGGUAAAACUACUACAUUAGUUUAUAAGAUUGCUUAUAUGAUUGGGACAUUAAAGAUUCAACCUUCAGAGAUUUUGGUACUUUCAAUGACAAAUAAAGCUGUUGAAACAUUGAAACAACAAGUUGAUGCCAUUUUAGGAACUGGUGUUGGUGAUAAAGUUGAUAUAACUACAUUUCAUGGAUUUUCUCAUAGAUUAGUCUUGGAAAAUAAUGAAUCUAAAGGAUUGGGUACUGAUAUACAAAUUAUUGAAGAAUCAGGUUGGAGAACUUUAGUUGCGAUGGUUGAUGGAAAAAUUACCAAGCCAAUAUUGACAAGAUUAUUGGAAAAAAUCAAAUUAAAGGGGAUAGAAGAUAAUGAUGUAAAAAUGUUAAUCAAGAGGUACAAGAUUAAAGUUGAUUCAUUGAAAGAAGUAUUGGAUACAUUAGAAUCAUCAAACGUUUUGGUUCAUUCUGAUAUAUUGAGAGGAGCAAAACAAUUGAUUAAAGAUGGAAUAGUACAAUUAAAUUAUAAAACAGUUAUUGUGGAUGAAUUCCAAGAUGUAUACCCUGAACUAUAUCAAUUAAUUGAAUUGGUUGGUAAAUCACCACAUUUAGUUACAGCUGGUGAUCCAGAUCAAUCAAUUUAUAGUUUCCUUGGUUCAAAUUUAGAUGUUCAUAAAUCUUUACAAAAAUUAAAACCAAUAAAUAAAUUAUAUUUACAAGAAACUUUUAGAUCAACUCCAGAAAUCAUACAUGCUUCUGAUACUUUAUUAGGUAAAGAGGUUCCAUCCAUUGCUUUAAAAGAAAUGGGUGGUAUAAAACCUAUGGCUAGAUUAUUUGAUGAUGAAAAUGAACAAUUCGAAUGGAUUGCAUCUGAGAUAUUUAGACUUAUAAAUGAUAGUGAAGGUAUAAUAGAACCAAAUGAUAUUACAAUAUUGGGGAGAACUAAUAAUGAAUUAAAUAAAAUUCAGAAAACAUUAAAUUUACAUGGAAUUAUGGAUAUGAAAUUAACUUCAAAUCCUCCUUGGUUAACUAAUAAUUUAUUUCAUUUGGUUGAUUAUCUAAGAGUAUUAGCAGCACCUGAAGAAUCUAAAUUUCCAAUAAUGUGUACCCUUAAUCUUUUACCUGGUGUGGGGAAAGUUGCUAUAAGAAAUUGUGUCCAGGGAGCUAUUGAAGAAGAUGUGACAUUAUGGGAAUAUUUGAAAAAAACAAAUAGAGAUGGAACUUUAAAUAAGAAAAUAAUGCCUUAUGUUCAAGAAAUUGAAAAAGCUAGAUUUGAAAUAGAUUUUGAUAAUCCUGAAUCUAUAUUUAAGACUGUGAUACAAUUAGCUCAUGAUUUAGGACUUUUGAAAUUGAUUUCCAAGAGUGUAACAACAAAAGCUGAUAAAGAACAAAUUAUCAAUCAAUUACAAGAAUUUUAUGAAAAUUUAAAGAUCUCUAAUAAUAAUAAGGCAACAGAUAUUUCAUUGACUCAACAUUUUUUGAAAAAUUAUUUACAUGUUUUACCAAUUUCUAAAAAUAUCAAAUCAGUUAAAUUGAGUACAGUUCAUUCUGCAAAAGGUCUUGAAUUCCCAAUUGUUUUCUUAUUAGGUUCACCAUUAGCAGAUUUUUUCAGAGCCGAAGAUAAAAAAUUAACAUAUGUUGCAAUGACAAGAGCCCAAAGCUUAUUAUACGUUAAUAGAUUGAAAACAGAUCCAAUGAGUGAACAUAAUUUUAAAGCAAAAUUCAAAGAAGAUGUCUUUUCAAGAACAAGGCCUGAUAUUAAAGGUUCAUUCAUUAAAGGAUAUGCUAAAGAAUUCAAUAGAACAAUACCAACUACAACAGUAAGAUCCAUUCAUACUUUAACUAGGCUCAUGAAGAGACUUUAA